CAUUUGCCCCCCAGCUUGUAUGUUAAAAAAGGCCCUGAUAUUAAUUAAUUAACCAGCUCUUGUGCUGUGGUGGUCACCACCUGACGCUUGCCUUUCAAGCUGGGAGACCCGGGUUCAAUCCUUGGUAGGACCUCUACUCAAGGUCUUAAAAUAAUUGAGGAGAAAGUGCUACCUUUACAUUGACAUCAGUAAAUGGUUAGACUUUGCGUCUUCUUGGAUAAGGACGUUAAAAUCGUAGGUACCUCGGAUCCCCUAUCAAUUUGGCCAAUAGCCUGUUGGGAAAUCUGCUCACCAAUGAAUGAAAAACGUGAUAAACAAAUGAUGUUAAACAGUAAUGGUUCAUGGUUAUUGUAAUUUUAUUUGUAGAUGGAUGUAUAUAUGCUCUUAAAAGAUCCAAAAAACCAGUGGCUGGUUCCAUAGACGAGUAAGUUUAUAUUGCAUAUAUAUUAAUUUUUAUAUUUUUUUCCAUAUAACUUAGAUGUUUUUUGUUUUUCUACCGUUCAGACAAAACGCAAUUCGUGAGGUGUACGCUCAUGCUGUGCUCGGACGACAUGCGCAUGUAGUUGGAUAUUAUUCUGCCUGGGCAGAAGAUGAUCACAUGUUGAUCCAGAAUGAAUAUUGCAAUGGUGAGCUUGAACUGUUUAUUUCAUUGCUAGGUUCAAUGGCCAUCAUUACACUUAUUCUACUGGUUGUUUUUAGGUGGUAGUUUAGCAGAUGUUAUCUCAGUCAAUGAAUCACAAAUGAAAGUUAUGUCCGAACCUGAAUUGAAACUUUUGUUAUGUCAACUUUCUCAGGUUAGUUUGAAACUUUCACGUUUGAAUAUAUAAUAUCUUAUUUGUGGCUGUUUAUAAUCAACACAAAGUUUUUUUUAUUUUAGGGAUUAAAAUAUAUUCACUCAUUAAAUUUGGCUCAUCUCGACAUUAAACCAGGU